AAUGCUAUUCUUGCCCAGACUAGCAGCCCAAACAAAACUGCCGCUUCCGCACUGCUUCCUUGUUUAUUUGUUUUGAGGAAAACACCGCCUUUAUAAAAGAAUAAAAAGUAUUUUUUUCAUUUCAUUAGAAGCUAUCAGAACUUCUAAACAGGAUUUUCUGGUCCACGCCUUGCUGAACCGACGACACCGAUACAUUUGAAGCUGAGGGGUGAAUAAAGACCUCAGUUUCCUCCAAAGCAAGUCCAGAGUGUAGUUUCUUGUCUGAAUGGCCACAGCUGCAGAAGAGCCUCCAGGGCUACAGGGCCAGACUGGCAACUUGAAUGGGUCUCGAAAAAAUGCUUCAGCUGAGGGUCCAAGUGCUAGCACAUCUCAGGCUUUGAAAAAAAUCGGGCAUCGUGGGAUCGAUCCAACUGGGGAGACGACGUACAAGAAGACAACGUCAUCAGCUCUGAAAGGUGCUAUCCAGUUAGGCAUCACGCACACGAUAGGCAGCUUAAGUCAAAAACCUGAAAGAGAUGUGCUGCUGCAGGACUUUGAGGUGGUGGAGAGCAUCUUCUUCCCCUGUGAGGGUAGUAACCUGACACCGGCACACCACUAUGGAGACUUCAGGUUCAAAACAUACGCCCCGAUGGCCUUCCGCUACUUCAGAGAGAUGUUUGGCAUCCGGCCCGAUGACUACAUGUAUUCUCUGUGCAACGAGUCGCCGAUCGAGCUGUCCAACUCCGGGGCCAGUGGAUCUUUGUUCUACGUCUCUAGAGAUGAUGAGUAUAUCAUUAAGACGGUGCAGCACAAAGAGGCUGAAUUUCUGCAGAAACUGCUACCCGGAUACUUCAUGAACCUGAACCAGAACAAGCGGACUUUAUUACCAAAGUUUUACGGGCUGUACUGCGUCCAAUCAGCUGGUAAAAACAUCCGCAUUGCUGUCAUGAAUAAUCUGCUACCUAGUGCAGUACGAAUGCACCUCAAGUAUGAUCUAAAGGGCUCUACCUACAAGCGACGAGCCUCGGCUAAAGAAAGAGAAAAGGCUGUACCCACAUAUAAGGACCUGGAUUUCAUCCAGGACAUGCCUGAAGGGCUCUCGUUGGACGCUGAUAAGUACAACGCUCUUUGCAAGACCCUCCAGAGAGACUGCUUGCUCCUGCAGAGUUUCAAGAUUAUGGACUACAGCCUUCUGGUGGGAAUUCAUAAUGUAGAUCUGGCCUGUCAGGAGCAGGCCAACGAGGAGGCGGGGGCUGGGGCAAAGGGUCAAGUUCAAAAGGCUCUGUACAGCACGGCUAUAGAGGCCAUUCAAGCAGAGGUGGGACACAUGGGAUCCAUGGAAACCGAGGACAGAACGGGAGGAAUCCCAGCACGAAACUCUAAAGGCGAGAGGCUGCUGGUGUACAUCGGUAUUAUUGACAUUCUUCAGUCUUAUAGAUUGGCAAAGAGGCUUGAACACUCCUGGAAGGCUCUGGUUCAUGAUGGGGACACUGUAUCAGUGCACAGACCGGGUUUCUAUGCAGAGCGAUUUCAGAAGUUUAUGUGCAACACAGUGUUUAGAAGGAAUGCAUUGAAGACCUCCCCGUCUAAGAAGCGCCGUGCAGGAGCCGGUCCUGUGAAAAGAGCGGCUGGCUCUGGACCUUCUCUGAUGACCCAAGCCAGCAGCAGCAGCACCGCCCAGAGUCCUUUGCUCCAACAUCAAGCCAGUUCAGACACCAGAGAAGACACCGAAGCAGACAAAAUUAUGCUAGCAGGUCGUCCUGACCUCCUCCCAGAUACCAUUCCUCAGCGCAACCCUGUUGCUAGCACUGUUGAAACUGCCAUCUCCUCCUUGGGAAGCCCCAGAUUUUUACCAGCAAGUCGUCUUCAGCCUAACACUCGGGGGGAAUCUUCGAACAAGCAAAACGAGGAAGACAGCACCCCCAAGGGGGCUCAGUCUGGGACUCUUGAAGAAAGUGGUGCUGAGGAAGCAAUCUCACUCAGCGACAUAGUCCCGAGUGCAAGCAACUGCUCAGUGUAGAUGUGAGGAAAAAGAAUGACUUGAAGGAUGUUCUGAGCCUUCCUGAAAUCUUAUAACUCCCUUGGUAUGAUUUGAGGUACCAGAACUUAAAAAAAAAAAAAAAUUACGCAGUGCAUCUCCAGGACCAAGAGGGAUAUGAAAUGUUUUUUUUGUUUGUUGUCUUUGUUUUUUUUGCACAAUAUGAUGAUGUAACUGGGCGGUUGUGUCGCGACACUAGUAACUGCAGACACAGUAAUGCUGCAGUUAUUGAACACUAUUAUUAAACCCAUAGGAGAAGUGCCUGUAGUCACAACCAAUGAUCAUUUUUGGCUCAGUUAAGCAUUUAGUGUGGAAAUGUUGCCUUAUUGAAGAAAUGAGAUACUUCAUUCAGGCCUGGCUAUAUACGUCAUUGUCCUUUUUGGGAUUAUUAUUAUUUUAUUUUAUUGUUAUUGCUUCUCUCUUCUUCUUCUUUUUUUUCUUUUCUUUUUUGACCAAACGGCUGUAGCACAUCUCCAUGCAGAUUUUUCUGUCUGCCGCCCACCCAAAGGUCCAAGUCUAGAGUAGUGUUUGUGCUACCUGCUUUGACGCAAAGCCUUAUGAUGCGAAUUGAGAACACAGUUUUAAAUAAAAGUCUUAGUUUUUAAAGAAAUUACUGUAUUCAUGCAUUGUAAGCUUCUGAUUUUUAAAAGCUUACUCUGAAUGCAAAUCAUGCUGGACGAAAGACCUUCAGCUUGUGCUUUUUAUUUACCCAAGUAUUCCCGUGGACCUGGAGUGCUUUUAAUGACUGUGAAUCUUAAAUAUCACCUGUGAUAUUCAGGCCAGAAGGUUAUUUUAAAUGUUUUCUUUUUAUACUUGUAUUUACUCGUGGAUUAUAGACUGGCUUGUAUUCAAAUGAGACCGAUACUGGUACUUGGUAGCAAAACUAAUGAGUUAGUCAGCUUCGGUGUCCCGGACCAAACCUGCAAAGAGAAGCUUGUGUUAUAUGCAGUAUGCAAGAAAAACAGAAAUAGGAGAAUCACACUAAACCUAACCACUUUAGGUAACCAAAGAGCAUGUUGUGGCAUUAGUACAAACUAGUACAAUCACUUUGUUUUUGUAAUAAGUUAGGACAUUGAAAUUAAUAUUGUACUAGUAUGGUUGCAGUAAGUUUUUUUUUUAAAAUAUAUAUACAUAUAUACUGCCAGCACAAAUGAAAAAUUACUGCAUGUAAUUUAGCUUGUUUUGUUUUUCUCCAGAAUAAUAGACUCCUAUUUUUCUAUUUUCUUUUUUCAUUUUUUUUUCAACACUGUGGUUUACGCCUAGCUGAAGCUAAUGUGGCCUUUAACUGUCCUGCAGUAAGUCUGACCUUUCCAAUUUAGAUUAUAAUAGUAGCUCUCAAUAUAGUUCAACUUUUGUGAAAAUCCUGUGUUAAGAGAGGUGUGUGUUUAACUUUGUGAUAUGUUUGGAGGGCGUUUGUGCUGCUUCACAGGACACAGUGCACACCAGCACAGUGUGCACUGUUGGUAUAGUGCUGUUGCAAUUUUGUGACAAGAACAGCAUCACUGACCAGCAUAACACCUGAAACAAGCCCUCACUGUCAUGGAGUUGCGGAGCUGCAGCAGUUUACGAGUUGCUGAUGUGCAUCGUGUGCAAAGAAAGCAUCUACUUUAGAAAUUCAGACAUAACUGUCGCCUGUACUUUGUGUGGGAUUUUUGUGUUUGUUUUUAACUGAUUGUGUUAGUUUUUAAGUGAUUUUAUUUUUCACAUCUAAAAGCACAGAAAACUUUUCUAAAUGAACGUUUCUAAAUGUGUGGUGGACUAGUUGGACCUACUUAAGUGUUAUUGUUUGUUUUCGGUCUUCGUGGCCACAGAAAACAAGGGCAGGAUGUGCAAAAAAAAGAAAGUGAGUAAUAUAGAGUUGGUAGGAGUUUUUGCUGCUGAAUAUCUGAACUAUAAUCAUUGGUGGUACUGCAUUUUCUUUUCCACUAUUUACAUUUAUUUGCUGCCAGAAGCAAACUAAAUAAAACUGCAACCACAUAUGACGGCUUCUAUAUACUUUCUGAUUUAUGAUGUGCUGUCUUUGGUUAUUUUAUCAUUAUGCAUUCCUGUCCAUUCGCUUUUUAUGCAUUCAGCAUUUCCUAAUUGCUACUAAUAUUUUUUGUCUAUAUUUAUUACAAUCUUAAUAUAACUUGUUGGUGCAAUUUCCCACAGGCAUUACCAUUUCCCUCGAUCUCUUAUUAAAUUCUGAUGUUGAUCUGUUGAUGUUGCAUGUCUUAUGAUUGUAAACCUCUCAGCAGGGCCUGUAAAUCCAGGUUUAACAGAGCCGGUGGUGUUGAUUUUGUUAGAUAAAGUUAAGAGUAGUGAGACUGAAAACUGAGGGGUACCUAUUAUGGUUUAACUGCUAUUUUUCCAUUAGUUAAAUGGUGAUAGCUGCCUGAUGUGUAAAGGUGGACAUAAACGCUUGCCUACCUUUUCAUGAACUACAGUGGAGAUAAAGAGUCUACACGCCUCUGUUAAAAUGCCAGGUUUUGCUGAUGUUAACGUAAAAUUAUACCAAGAUAUUUGCAGGUUUUUUUCCACCUUUAAUGCGAUCUAUAACCUGUACAGUGGAACUAAAACUUAUAGUUUGUUGGAGCAUACAGAAGUCUUUUAGGGGGGUACGUCUCAACUUUCUUCUUUGCAAAAAGCACUCCAAAUCUAACAGGCUGUGAGGGUGUCUCCUCUGCACAGCCCCCUUCAGGUCAACCUGUAGAAAAAUGCUGAAAAAUUUUCUAAGUGAGAAAAGGCUUCUGUUUUACCACCCUACCACAUAGCCCAGAUACAUGAAGACUACUUGCCAGAUGACCACAUUUCUUCUUGUCUUUUCAUAAAUUUUAGAGGGAUGUCCAGUCUUUGCAGUCCCACUACCAAAUUUUCUCCACGUGUUCAUGACUGUCUUCACUGUGUUUCGUGGUGUAUUUAAUGCCCUCUCCUGACUGAUACCUUUCAGUAAUGUGAUUCAUUUGACGAUAAUGGCUAUUACUUUAAGAUGCAGCUAUGUAAAUAUCAGGAACGUCUCACUAGAACAUCUGAAUUAUAUGUGGUUUUGAUCAAAAGACGGCAGAUGCGUGCAGACUACUUAACAUAAAUUUGAUUGCAGUUAUCUGAGGUUGUCAACACUUAUGCAGUGAGAUUGUUUUAAGUUUUCAGUUUAUGUUUUAGUUAAACUGUGUAGUUUUGGCUCGCACUGAAGAUGGAAAAACAAUCAAAUUUUUAUUUAUUUAUUUAUUUAUUUUCAUAUAUCACAAAAACCUGGCAUAUUAACGGGGAUGUGUAGACUUUAUAUUUACUGUAAAACACAAAACAAUGUUUUUACUCUCAUGUACAAUGUCUUAACUUGGCGUUAUGUUUGGCUCAUGUUAAAUUGCAAAUACUUCCCAAGUAUUUGAUGUCUGAAAAUGCUGAGAUGUAUAUAAGGAUAUAAGAAAACUGUAACUUAAGGGAUGCUUUUUUUGUUUACACCGCAUAUUUCAGUGAAAAAACUGUGCAAUAAUUUAAACCAGUUGACAAUUUUCCCACCAGGAGGAAUUGUAUAAAGGUAAAACGCAUUUGUAGAUUAUUUAAUUCACUUGACUGUUAAACCAAACUCUGAGGUGAUGCUCUGUCCUGACAAUAAAAGUCUUUUAACGGUUCCAAACAGAUGCACACGUAGCCCUAUUUAUUGCAGCGUUAUAUAAUGUAUGUAUUACUCUGGUCUCUCUAAUGUUUAUUUGUAAUUGUGGUGGAUUGAAAAUUGCUUGCUCCAGCAUGGCAAACCUGAAUCGAACACAUGAAACUGUUAAAGAUUUUUUUUAAAGCCUCCUACUGUAACUGUUUUAAAUCAUCCUGUAUUUUUUCCUACUCUGAAGUGUUUAUAAUAAACGUGGAUUUAUCUGC